UUGUGGUGGCCGUUGUGCGCGCGCAGCCGGUCGUCGCAGGUCUCUUCCCCGCCUCCCGUUCCCGAAACUUCGGCGCCAUCAUGGGCUUUGGGGAUCUGAAAUCUGCCUCGGGGCUCCAGCUUCUCAACGCCUUCCUAGCGAGCAGGAGCUACAUCGAGGGGUAUGUCCCAUCCCAAGCAGAUAUUGCAGUUUUUGAAGCAGUUGGUGCGCCCCCUCCUCCUGAGCUGUUCCAUGCCCUCCGCUGGUACAACCACAUUAAGUCUUUCGACAAACAAAAGGCAAGUCUGCCUGGAGUGAAGAAGGCAUUGGGAAAAUAUGGCCCUUCAGAUGUUGAGGACUCCACAGGCACAGGCGGAGACAGCAAAGAUGACGACGACAUUGAUCUCUUUGGUUCUGAUGAAGAGGAGGAAAGUGAAGAAGCAAAAAGACUAAGGGAGGAGCGGCUUGCUCAGUAUGAAUCAAAGAAAUCCAAAAAGCCAGCACUCAUUGCCAAGUCAUCCCUCUUGUUGGAUGUGAAGCCUUGGGAUGACGAGACGGACAUGGGCAAAUUAGAAGAGUGCGUCAGAAGUAUUCAGGCGGAUGGCCUUGUUUGGGGAUCUUCCAAGCUGGUUCCAGUUGGUUAUGGAAUCAAGAAACUUCAGAUUCAGUGUGUAGUUGAAGACGAUAAAGUUGGAACCGAUAUGCUGGAAGAGAGGAUCACUGCGUUUGAGGAUUACGUUCAGUCCAUGGAUGUGGCUGCUUUCAACAAAAUCUAAACCCCAAUAGCACCAGGAAUAAAACAUUUGCAACACUCAA